AUGUCGUCUUACGAUGACGAGCACGAUCCUCAGGCGGACGAACUCCGAGAAACCGCCCUGGUCACCCUGGAGACGUUGAUUAGCUCUUGCAACUCUCAGAUGCAGCCAUACAUGUCCAAUACCAUUAACUCAGCCCUUCGAUUUCUCAAAUACGAUCCCAACGUUGCCGAAGCCGAAGACGAUGAAGAAAUGGGCGGCACUCAGGAUGAUGGCUCUGAAGAUGACGUAACGGAGGAGCCCGAUCUGGACGACGACGACGAGUUCGAGGAUUUCGAGGAAGAAGGAGGCUACAGUGAUAUUGAUGAUAUGAGCUGGAAGGUCCGCCGUUGUGCAGCAAAAUUGCUCUAUUCCGUCAUUUCGAGUUACACCCGCGGCCGUACUGCAGACGAUGCAUCCUUGUUUCAGCAAAUCUCCCCCGCUCUUAUCGCCCGGUUCAACAAAGAAAGGGAAGAAAGUGUCAAGCUCGAAGUCGUGUCGACCAUGACUGCACUCGUUCGGAAAACAGGUGAAGGCGCCAUGUUAAUCACGUCCAACGGGUUCCUUGAGUCAGUUGGGGGUUCGAAGAAUUCGCGGAAGAGGAGACGCCAGGAUAGUGAUGCUAGUAUGAUCGACUUCGAGCCCAGCAUUGGCACCUCCUCUGCUGUCAGCACCCCCGUUGUUGCUCCUUCCUCGCCCAAAUCUGGUCCACAGGCGGAGCUGGCUCGCUCAGUGCCGAUCAUCGUGCAGAGUGUGGUCAAGAUGUGGAAGCAAGCUUCUGUACCUCUGAAGCAGGCUAUUAUCGUGCUGCUCAAGAGCCUUGCACUCGUUCGCUACGGUGGUCUUGCGGAUCAUCUCCAACAGCUUGAAGACCCCAUAGCGGAUGUCUUGAAGUCCUCUUCUCUCUCAGGCGGUUCAUCUGCACCCGUCGGGUCUUCGGCGAGUGCAGGCACCCUCCAGACCGAAACCCUGGGACUCAUUGCCGCGAUUGCUGAAACGCAUACAUCUGAUGCACUGUUGCCCUUCCUUAUCGCGUUGAUUCCCGGCGUCAUUGGGGCUGUCAAUGACAGAAACUACAAGGUCAGCAGCGAAGCGUUGGGAGCCGUCGAACAAAUCGUGAAGGCGCUUACGCCGCCGCGGGUCCCCAACGCCUCUCAGGACCUUGCAUCGCACUUAGGGAGACUGUAUGAUGUCGUGCAUACCCGCAUCACUGAUACGAGUGCCGAUCUCGAAGUUCGCCAGAGAGCUAUCCACGUGUUCGGCGUGCUGUUGGCUCGGACAGCUGGGGAGAAAGGUUCUACUUUCCUUCCGCUCGAUCAACGCUCCAAAGGGCUUUCUGUCUUGGUGGAGCGACUGAAGAACGAGACCACGCGGCUCGCAGCUGUCCGCGCCGUUGACGAUGUAGCCGUCCUUUGCACUCGUGAGAUGGAUGUCGCACCAACCUGGGUUAGUGAAGUCACUGCAGAGCUCGGCGCACAGCUGCGCAAGUCAGACCGGGUCCUUCGAGGUGCCAGCUUGGAGGCUCUUCGCAGCCUGGCUAUGAAUCCCAACACCAGAACUCAUUACGAUGAUAAGACUAUGAAAGAGCUUGAAGAUAGUCUUCUACCGCUCAUCAGCGCAGAAGAUUUCCAUUUCCUCGCACCGUCACUCAUCAUCCUCGCCAAGCUGGUUCCAGGCAAUGCUCAGCUUCUUGUAAACGAGAGCUUGAUCUCUGCGCUGUGUUCUGUUGUUCUCUCGUCACUCGUUGGAACGGUACUGAAAGCCCUGCUCCUAUUAGUCAAGGUCAUUGGAGAAGAGGGAGCUGGUGCAGCAUUGAUGAAGAAGCUUCUUCAGGAUGUUGGCAUCAGCGGCGACACGUCAGUUGUCGGUAGAGCGAUUGGAACUCUCUUGGUACACGGUGGUCCUAAGCUGGGUGUCAAGAUGGAAGAUUUCAUGACGGAGCUGGAGACUGCGCAGGAUGCUCAACGUAAAUGCCUUGCGCUCGCGAUCUUGGGAGAGAUCGGCCUACGAAUGGGCUCCAGCUGUUCGCUGACACCUGAGCUCUUCAUCACUCAUUUCAACUCCAAGUCCGACAAGGUCCGACUGGCUGCAGCCACAGCCCUGGGUAACGCAGCAGCAGGUAACGUCAAAUCUUACUUGCCUAUCAUCCUGGGAGGUCUUGAGAAGGGCAACCCGCAGAGUUACCUGCUCCUCCACUCCGUGAGGGAAUUGCUCCAGCACCCCGAGAUCGUUCGGCCGGAUGUAGCUCCCUCGGCUGUCAAGCUCUGGCAAGCACUUCUGGUCGUGUCAGAGGAAGAAGACAAUCGAGCCGUUGGUGCCGAAUGUGUAGGCCGGCUCGCCCUGAUCGAUCCGGUCGCUUACAUUCCUCAUUUCCAGGAUUAUCUCUCCAGCAGUGACCCGAGUAUCCGCAGCGUCGUCAUUUCCGCAUUCCGCUACACCCUCUCAGAUCCCAGAGACACGUACAACGAUGUGCUGAGGCCCGUGAUCGUACCCCUGCUGGUCAACAUGCUGAGCGACCGCGACCUUGGCAAUCACCGUCUUGCCCUGACGACCUUGAACUCAGCCAUCCACAACAAGAUGGAAAUCCUUCUCCCUCACCUCAACGAACUCCUCCCGGCCGUUUUCGGCGACACCAAGGUGAAGCCAGAACUCAUCCGCGAAGUGCAAAUGGGACCAUUCAAGCACCGCGUCGACGACGGUCUCGAGCUACGCAAGAGCGCCUACGAAACCCUCUACGCCUCCCUCGACUCGGCAUUCUCCCUCAGCCACAUGAGCGAAUUCUUCGACCGCAUCCUCUCCGGCAUCGACGACGAACAAGACAUCCGCACAAUCUGCAACCUAAUGACCUCCAAGCUGAUCCAUCUCGCCCCCGAAGAGACGCAGCGCCAUCUCGACGCGCUCUCAGAACGCUACAACGCCAUCCUCUCCUUCAAACCGAAGGAAAACGCCGUGAAGCAAGAACUCGAGAAAGCGCAGGAGGCAUCAUUGGGCGUGCUGAAGAUCAGUCGCGAACUGAGCAAGGCGUUCCCGAAUGCCGAGGUGGCGGGUGAUCAUCACAAAUGGAAGGCUUAUAUGGAGCUGAUUCGGAAGACGUAUGGUGCGCAGCUUAAGACUUUGGAGGCGGAGGCUUAG